AUGACCAAGAUUUGGGGACUCGAUCUCCGCGAGAUUCAGUGGGCCAAGUUCAAAAACAGCUACAUGUGGAACAAGGACUACCAUAUGCGACGUACGAAAUUCAUCAUCUACCAACUCGCCAUGAUACCUACAGUUGUGAGCGAGAGCCUAGGCACUGCCGCUUUGAGUGACUACAACCACCAGCAAAACUACGUCUCGCGCAACCCAGGCGCCACAGUCCACAACAACAACUUCAUAGCUAUAGCCUCGUACAACAUCUUCGUCGGCAUCUAUGUCGCCACAAUCUUCGGCUCCGCUUUCUUCUUCGACCUCUUUUGGCCCGAGCGGCACCAAUCCUCCGCUGUGAAACUGGCGUGGAAGCUUUGCUCGGUGUUGGCAUGUCUAUUCACGCUGUCCUGCGCACUGGUGUAUACGUAUAUUGUUGCCACGCAGCGCGCGUAUAUUUCCGGUCCUAAUAGGGUGGAGAGCGAGCGGUUGUUGAAAGAGUAUAAUGGGAGUCCGUUGCGGUAUGCCGAUAAUGGACGGGCAGUGGCCAGCGUGGUGUUGCUGUGGGUAGGCAUGGUGUUUACAUUUGCAAGUACAUAUCUCCUCUGGCACUCGCUUGCACACAUUGAUGCCCAUGGACCCAAAUCAAGACAUGCGUGCCGGUCAAGCGAUGAUGUUGGGAGCGAGGUUGAUCAGGAGAAGCCGGUGGUUCAUGAUAGCAGUGGUUUUGAAACUACUGCAACGACGGUUACGCCGACGGGACAUCCGGAUGAGAAGCCUGCUGCGGGUGUCUAG